AUGUACUUGUCCCAAACGAGAAUCGGGAGAACUGGAAUUUUACAAGGGAUCCAUUAUUUUCAGAGCGACACUCAAGAGCAGCCAGUUGGAGAUGGUCCCGUUGAUAGCGCGGGAUGUUUUAUCCCGUACAACUUGAUCACGCAGCACAGUAUACCGGACAAAUCGAUAGCUGAUUGCGUGGAGGCAUUGAUCGGGGCUUACCUCCUCGAAUGCGGACCCCGUGGGGCGUUGCUGUUCAUGUCCUGGCUGGGAAUAAGGGUGUUGCCUCGUCACGAUCUCCCGUUGCCGGAAAAUCAUCCUUAUGUCGUUGCGCAUAAGGACGAUCGCGAAGAUGCGCCAACUCCAGUUAUAGAGAAGUCCCCAUCCCCCCGGCUUCCGAAACGGGAGCCCCGUGACUCUGACUCGGAUUGGAGCGACGAAGAGGAGGAAGAUGAAGAAGAGGACGUAGAGGAGCAGUGCGUGCCGCAGGAGUUGGGACCCGAAGAGGAGUGGGGCUGGCCCGGCAGGCCCGUGGGCUCCCUCAAACCGUACCUGCGAGCUGGGACCUGGUACCAGCCAAUUUUUGGUGCACUGAAGGCGCCGCCAUCGCCGCUUUUAAGGUACAUAGAGGAUCCUGAAGGAGAGUUGGAGCAAAUGCUGUCAGGUUACGAGGCGCUAGAGCGCACGCUGCAGUACCGGUUCCGGGACCGGGCGCUGCUACUGCAGGCGCUCACGCACGCUUCGCACCAGCGCAACCGCCUCACUGACUGCUACCAGCGCCUCGAGUUCCUCGGGGACGCCAUACUGGAUUACCUGAUCACCCGUCACCUGUACGAGGACGCCCGGAGACAUUCGCCCGGAGCCCUAACGGACUUGCGUUCUGCUCUCGUCAACAACACAAUAUUCGCUACCCUCGCCGCCCGGCACGGCUUCCAUAAAUAUUUCCGUCACAUGUCGCCCGGCCUGAACGAGGUGUUGACGAAAUAUGUUAAAAUACAAGAAGAAAAUGGACACUCCAUCAGCGAAGAGCACUAUUUGAUACACGAAGAUGAAAUGGAGCAAGCGGAGGAUGUGGAGGUGCCAAAGGCAUUGGGAGACCUCUUUGAGUCGGUGGCCGGUGCUAUCUUCUUAGACUCAGGCAUGUCGUUGGACGCUGUGUGGAGAUCAUACGUGCGUCUGAUGGGUGCUGAAUUAGAGGCAUUCAGUGCCGCCGCUCCCAAGUCGCCCGUGAGGGAACUGCUUGAGGCGGAGCCCGACACCGCGAAAUUCGGGAAACCGGAGCGUCUAGCUGAUGGCCGAAGGGUCCGUGUUUGUGUGGAAGUGUUCGGCCGAGGAACGUUCAAGGGCGUGGGCAGAAACUACCGUAUCGCGAAAGGAACUGCCGCUAGAUGUGCUCUACGCCACUUAAAGAUACAUCGAGCGCGAUAG